UCGUGGCCGCUGUUUACAUGAGUCAGGCCGCGGCGGGGAGCAGCACGGCAGCCACUGAGCCUCACACGCGGGACGCACCACACCACCACCGCCACACGCCACCACACCACCAUGACGGCCGAAUCAGUGCUCAGCAUCCAGGGCAAGCGCUCCUCGGGGACGUCGGUGCGCACAGAGAAUGUUAUUGCUGCCAGUUCAGUUGCAAACAUUGUCAAGAGCUCUCUUGGCCCCGUUGGACUUGACAAGAUGAUAGUUGAUGAUGUUGGUGAUGUGACAGUGACCAACGAUGGAGCGACCAUCCUGAAACUCCUGGAAGUAGAGCACCCUGCUGCCCGUGUGCUAGUGGAGCUGGCACAGCUGCAGGAUGAGGAGGUUGGUGAUGGCACAACCAGUGUUGUGAUCAUUGCUGCUGAGCUUCUCAAAGUGGCUGAUGUGCUUGUGAAGCAGAGGAUUCAUCCUACCUCUAUCAUUGCUGGCUACAAGUUGGCCUGCAAAGAGGCUUGUCGGUACAUCCAGAAUAACCUGACCAUGAACACAGAUGACCUGGGCAGGGAUUGUAUCGUUGCUGCUGCCAAGACCUCCAUGUCAUCCAAGGUGAUCUCCAUCGACAGUGACUUCUUUGCUAACAUGGUGGUUGACGCUGCCAUGGCAGUGCGCACCUCUGAUGGCAAGGGAGGCUUCAAGUACCCCAUCAAGGCCGUAAACAUUCUCAAGGCUCAUGGCCGCUCUGCUACAGAAUCCACCAUGGUUAAUGGUUAUGCCCUCAACUGUACUGUUGCGUCACACGCCAUGGCAAAGAAAGUCACUAAUGCCAAGAUUGCCUGCCUUGAUUUCUCUCUGAACAAGGAGAAGAUGAAGUUGGGGAUCCAGGUCUUGGUGAAUGAUCCCAGUAAAUUGGAGGCCAUCCGACAGCGUGAGGCAGACAUAACCAAGGAACGUGUUGAGAAAAUCCUCAAGGCUGGUGCAAAUGUAGUCCUUACAACUGGCGGCAUUGAUGACCUGUGUCUGAAGUACUUUGUGGAGGCUGGAGCAGUGGCUGUCCGUCGCUGCAAAAAGUCUGACCUAAAGAGAAUAGCCAAGGCAACAGGUGCUACAUUCUUGACCACACUGUGCAACCUGGAGGGUGAGGAAUCCUUUGAACCCACCUAUCUGGGUGAGGCAGCCGAGGUGUGUCAAGAGCGGGUGUGUGAUGACGAGCUCAUCCUCAUCAAGGGGCCUGUUGCACGAUCAGCCAGCUCCCUCAUUCUGCGUGGUCCAAAUGACUUCUACUGUGAUGAGAUGGAGCGCUCCUUACACGAUGCCUUGUGUGUGGUGAAGCGGGUCCUGGAGAGCAGCUCCAUCGUGUGUGGUGGUGGUGCAGUAGAGGCAGCCUUGUCUGUCUACCUGGAGAGCUUUGCUACGAGUCUUAGUUCUCGGGAGCAACUGGCCAUUGGAGCAUUUGCCGAGUCUUUAUUGGUCAUUCCCAACACCCUCUCUGUCAAUGCUGCCAAAGAUGCCACUGACCUCGUCCCCAAGCUGCGGGCAUACCAUCAUUCAUCCCAAAUAAAAACUGAACACUCCCAGUUAAAGUAUUACGGCUUGGAUCUCAUAGAAGGUCUGGUUCGUGACAACAAGAAGGCAGGUGUCUUUGAACCAGCAAUGAGCAAAGUUAAGCAACUCAAAUUUGCCACGGAAGCUGCUAUCACCAUUCUGCGUAUUGACGACAUGAUCAAACUGGAGCAGGAGCCCAGUAAGGAGAGUGGCUAUCAGCAAGCUCUGCAGUCGGGCCAGCUGGGCUGAAAUCAUUUCAUCACAUGAGCCUAAAGAUCUCAAUUCAUGGAAAACAAAAAAAAUAAAAGCACUUAGUAUCUAAAGUUUACCUUUGCAGUUGUCUUUGGAUCUACCUACAUGAUAGUAUCCUAAUUAAUAUAGGCAUAUGACACUAAUUCCUUACACGAGUGAAAACUUUGUAACAUCAGCUUUGGCCUACUGUUUGUAACAUCAGCUUUGGCCUGCCGUUUUUUUUCUACUACUAAAAUAAAUGCACGAUGAACA